AUGCGUUCUUUUGGUUUUCAUAUCACUUCCCUAGUCGAACAACUUCAUGAUAGAGAGAGUUCAAAACUUGUUGCUGAACAUCCACCUGCACUACAAGUCGUCCCGCAAAUCUGUGGUCUACCGAAUCUUGGUAAUAGCUGUUACAUGAAUAGUGCUCUUCAAUGCUUAAAUGCUGUACCUCCCUUCGCACUAUUUUUUCGAAAUUUGCUCGUUCAGUCUGGAGAAGAUAAUCUUAUUUCAUCAUAUGCUAGAUUGGUACAAACAAUGUGGUCAGGACAAUGUUCUUACAAUACGGUUGUUGAAUUAAAGCAUAAGAUGUGUAGAUAUGCUCCACAGUUUAUUGGUUAUGCUCAACAUGAUGCCCAUGAAUUUCUCAUCGCUUUACUUGAUGCUCUGCAAGAUGAGAUGACGAAAAAAUUUGCCGCUGAUACAUCAGCAUCUUCUAUCAUCGAAAAGUUGUUCAAUGUUGAAACCAUCUCACAAGUGACAUGUGAUGCCUGUGGAAAGACAGGAGAAGGAACUGAGUCGAUGAAGUUCUUGUCACUGCCAUUGCCCGAUAAAUCUACCGUUCCUAUCACAUUAUCCAAUUUAUUAGAUUUAUUUGAAAAGAAAGAAAAACUCGAUGGACAAAUUUAUUGUGAUUCAUGUGAGCAAAUUGCUGGAGGUUAUCAGAAGACCAGUCUUGGUAGUUUAUNAAUGAGAAAAUAG